CGCAGGCGCUUUCCACAAUUGAGUAAACGUAAAAAUAUACCGCCUAUAGGCGAUUUUGUCACUGCUGCCAAUCCAAGCCUCGUGCACUGUACCCGCACUGCCUGCGGUUCGACUGCAAAUCACUCGAGUUGGCCAUUGGCGUAUGGCGUAGUACAAUCGACAGCUUGGUUUGUAGUUAUACUUAGGUACGACUGUACGAGCGACGGUCGCUCAAAUUCGAUUGUGGAAAGCACCAUAACAUAUAAGAUAUAAGUGUCACCAUAAGCGGCACCCGCGCGGCUGUUUGUGUUCAAGGUUCAAGCACCUUUGAUUUAAGUAUAACUCGCAUUAUUUUCCGGAGAAGAUUAUAAGACAUGAAAACUGCUUAUUUUCAUGUACUUGAAUAUUAAAAUAGAAUUCGCACAUGGCUACAAGUGAUUUAAAUGCAGUUACAACUAUAUAUUUCUAACCUUUACGAGCUUAGUAUUAUGUUUUAGCAAAAGAAUAAGUGUAUCUAUUAUUUCUUUUUGUGGCGUAAAAAAAAGACAAAAAUGCCUACAGUCAUAGCCUUAGACGUUUCGCUUUCGAUGCGGAGACCGGUUGUUGGGUCUAAUGUUGGAGAAGGAUUGCAAAGUGAACAAUUGACCAGGCAUCACUUAGCUGUCCAAGGCAUCAACACUAUUCUUCAAUAUCUACAGACUCAUUCGAAACUCGAAUUCGUUUCUUUGAUUGUAUUCUCUUCACUUUAUGAAGUUGUGAGCCCAUUUACUCGGGACUAUGAUGCAAUAAGGACUAAACUCCAAAAUAUCGAGGAAUGUGAUAAAACCUGUAUAGAGACAGUUCUGCAUGGUGUAAAUACUAACGUGAUUUCUGAGUGGGGCAGUACAACAGCGUGCCAAGUAAUUUUGAUCACUGAUGGCAAUCCAGGAGUAGGACCCAUGUCACUAGGGGAUUCCUUGAACUCGACAAAUUUUUCAAGAGAGAACCCUUUUCCUCUGCCUUUUCCAUAUCCUGGAAAACUCACACUUGUUUGCUUGGCCAAUCAAUCAGAUCCAAGUUUCAUCAAUGCCUUGCCGUUAUAUCAAAGGCUAGCUGAUCUAGCAGGUAAUGAUAGUAUGGUUUUGGUACCUGAAGGUUCUUUAUCCAAGACAUCGGUUGCAAAUUGCUUUAAAAAAUUAGCAGAAACAAACUAUGUAUCUUUCCAAGGCUAUUUAAAAUGUGGACAUUUGGGGUCUCGUAUUUUAUUGUCACCACCUCCAACUCCAUACAAUAAAACAGCUGAUUUUGAAGUUGCAAUGGGACUCACUAUUUCAAAAACUAUUGAGAUAUGCGGUUUUAUAUCUGUAGCAGAUGUUAGUAGUCCAACUUCAGUAUCUAGACAUUUAGUGCUACCUCUGCCAACUGAAAAAACCCAAAGCAUGCAAGGUGUAUCCUUAGAAGAGGAUUCGGAUAUAGAAGAAAUUACAGAUGAAGGCAAAACACCCUCGUUUUGUGUUUUAUUACAUGGAGCAUUAAAAGUUGAGAACAUGGCAGCUUUGUGUAUGUUAAAUACAGAUUGGUAUGGAUUUAUUUACUCCUGGGCUGAUACCAAAAAGAAAUCUAAUUUAAUGCUGACAGUACUAGAACAUGGUACAGAUGCCGUUCCUUGGUUAGGAAAUUUAAAAAAUUUAGGACCCAUGGAUCUAGUAAGUUCAAAAAUGGAAAACCCUCCUUUCCCUGUCAGACCAGCAGAGAAAAGAAGUUAUUCACAAAAUGCUCCCUCUUGGAUUCGAGUUGUUGGUUUGCAAUCUGAUAUUCAAAAAAUCCUCAGACACGCGAGAAAGUUACCAGAAAAAACGCAAAACUUUUACAAAGAACUCAACAGACUUCGACGAGCAGCUUUAUCACUGGGUUUCGUUGAGUUGCUCACACAGAUGGCAAUUGUUUUUGAUAGAGAAUGUACAGUUUUAUCAAACUCUUUUCAUCCAGAUUGCUCAAUACAAAUGGGACAUGUUGCUGAUGAACUAAGGAAACCAUACUCACGAGAACUUAAAAACAAUAUUGCACCACUUAAAACGAAAUUUACUCUUGGAGAACAAUAGGCUGAGUAAUCAUAAGUUGUAGUUUAAAUAGUUUUUUAAGUAAACAUAUAUUUGAAACAUAUUUGUAAAAUUGUAUAAAAAUACACUCUAAGCCUAUUUUUGUGCUCUUCAUUUAUUGUUGCAUGUACAUGCAAUCAGCUGUACAAGAAUUUCAAAAAGUCCUUGAGCAGUUUUUUCAAUUGGAUAAAUUUUUGUUUCAGGAACAUGAAUAAAAAGAACUUGAGGUUCUUCUAUGGAAAGCGAUUGAUAAUAAAUAUAUUCACAUAAAUAUCUUCCAGCAUCAUAGGAAAUGCAAACUUUACAAUUCUGAUCUUCCAGUUUUUUACUGACAAUUUCACACAAGUCUUGAACAUUGCAUUUAGUUUUUAAAGUAAUAUGAUCAAUGUUUUCUUCUUUAGGACAUUUAUCAAAUACAUCAGGCCUAUUAUAGCCUUUGCUAUUGGCUUGGCAUUCAAUUGUUAAACAAUUUGCUACAUAACUUACUCCAACAUGAACGAUUAUCUAAGGAAAAUAUUUAAAAAUCGUUGUUAAAGUAUUGACUAAGGAAAAUAAACGAUUGAUUUGUUAUUUCAUUACUUACAGAUGGUCUAUGCUUUUGCCACAAUUCUUUUACUUUUGAAGAUACACUUUCAUAUGCAACAGCUAUUUCUUCUAUGAUUAACUUUAUGUCCGAUUUUUCUGAUUCAUCAAAUAAUUUUGGAAGUAAUUUAACUGCUUCCCAACUAGGAUUUACCUUGUAAUUCCCAAAUGGACCAAAUCCAGUUACUAAAACUGUAGUCUGUACUUCGUUUUCCAUUGUUGAUAUUAAUUUAAAUAGUAUAAAAAGCCUUGGUCGCUUAUGAGUGUACAAAUGUAUAAACUUAAAGAUUUGCAAAAAGAAAAAUAUCUGACUGAUUUAUAAAGUUAUAAAACCAAAAAAAUGAAGGAAUUGAUAAAAACAAAAUGUUGCAUGCAUUGUAUAGGUUAGUUUUACCUGUAUUAAAGAUACGUUGGUGUAUAGCUCUGUUCUUACAUUGUUGUAUAUAUAGAUUGCACAUACAUAUACAUGUAUGUAUGUAUGAAUAAGUUUUGAUAAGAGUAUAUACGUAUUAUAUUUAAAUAAGAAAAGAUUUUAUCUUUUUGAAUCAAGACAUUUAAAUUAAAUGAUUCUUGCUGUAUAUUAAAAAAAUUAUAAUAAUAAAUUAAAAAAAAAAUUUUAGGCUGAAAUCUGAACAACAUCAA